AUGAGGACGUUCAGCUUUGGCGCGCCAGCGGGCGGCUUCUCGUUCGGAGCACCCCCAGCCUCGACAUCAACCAGCGCACCCGGAGCGUCCGCCCCAACGGGCCUCUUUGGCGCCCCGGCCGCCUCUGCUCCUCCUCCCGCCGCCGGUGGACUCUUUGGCCAGCCCGCAUCCGCCGCACCGACCGCGAGCGCCGCACCGACCUUCUCGUUCGGCAGCGGAGCAGCCGCAGCCGCAGCCCCCAAGCCCGCCGCCUCGUCCGCCCCGAACUUCUCGUUCGGCGCACCCGCCUCGUCCACCCCCGCCGCGCCCGCCGCCGCCGCCGGCAGCCUCUUCUCGACGCCCGCCAAGCCGCCCGCAGCACCCGCAGGCGGCCUCUUCGGCGCACCAGCGGCGGGCAGCACGACCACGCCGGCGGGCACGCCCGGCCCGGCCCCGUCCCUGUUCGGCGCCGGCGCGACGACCGGCGGCGGCCUGUUUGGCAGCAAGCGCGAGGCCGAGCCGGCGCAGGCGGGCGACGGCGGCCAGGCCAAGAAGCCCACGUUUAGCUUUGGCGCGCCUGCUGCCUCGUCGGCGGCGCCGGCGUCGUCGACCCCGGCCGCUGCUCCGCCGCCGACGAACCUGUUCGGCGGCGCGGCGGCGGCGGCGCCCAAGCCGGCCGAGGCGCCCAAGCCCCUGUUCGGCGCCGGUGCGACUGCUGGUGGAUCGCUGUUCGGCGCCAAGCCCGCAGAGACGUCGACUGCUCCAGCUGCCGGUACGGCCUCGGCGGCUUCCUCGCUCUUCGGCGGCGCGCCCAAGCCCGCCGCCGCAGCUGCGCCUGCCGCGCCGCUCAACCUGUUCGGCGCCAAGCCGGCCGACAACGCCGCCUCGACGACCCCGGCCGCUGCGCCUGCCGCGCCGCUCAACCUCUUCGGCGCCAAGCCUCCUGCGGCCCCGACCAGCUCGACUUCGACCUCGGCUCCUGCACCAGCCGCGUCGGCCCCGUCGUUCUCGUUCGGCGCGCCCGCCGCCGCGCCCGCAGCGACGUCCACCUCGACCGCCGCCGCGUCGACUGCCGCGCCCGCCGCAUCGGCCGCUCCCGCGCUCUCGUUCGGCGCGCCCAAGCCCGCUGCUCCCGCCGCUAGCACCGCGCCCGCCACCUCGUCGGCGCUCACGUUCGGCGCCCCCAAGCCGCCGACCUCGACGCCCGCGUCCGCCCCUUCCUUUAGCCUCGGCGCCCCGGCCUCGACCACGACGGCCCCGGGCGCCACCACCACCCCGGCGGCGGGCUCGUCGACGGCGCCGCCUCCCGCGGCGCCGACGCCGUCGCUCCUGCGCGGCAAGACGCUCGACGAGAUUGUCAACGCGUGGAGCGCCGAGCUCGACGAGCGCGCGAGGGACUUUGGCGACGUCGCCGGCGAGGUGAGAGAGUGGGACCGCGUCUUGCGCGAGAAUGGCGAGCAGAUCUCGGCCCUGUACCAGUCGGUCCUGCCGCUGUCGCCGCUGCAGAGCUCGGUCACGUCGUCGCUCGACUACAUCGAGCAGCAGCAGGCCGAGCUCGCCCACGUCCUCGACGCGUACGAGGCCCAGCUCCCGGAUCUCGUCGACCAGAGCGCGCUCGGCGCCAAUGCGUCGUCGCGCGGCGUGCACGGCGGCGCCGCCGGUGCGGGCGUCGGCGGCGCGGGCGCGGGAGGGAGCAGCGCCGAGAAGGAGCGCGAGGGGGCGUACAAACUCGCGGCGCACCUCUCGAGCUCGCUCGACUCGACCUCGGGAUCGCUCACGAGCCUCAUCCAGACGCUCAACGCCCUCUCGCCCUCGUUCUCGCACCACCACCACCAGGCCACCUCGUCCUCCUCGGGCGGCGACAACGCGCAGCGCCCGGGCCAGGGCGGCCAGUCGGAGGACCCGCUCGCCCAGAUUGCAAGCAUCCUCAACGCGCACCUCGGGAGCCUCAACUGGAUCGAGGGCUCGACCGACCAGCUGCGCCGCGCCGUGCGCGACCUCGAAGCGCGCGUCGCGGGCGUCCAGGGGCGCGUCAACGCGACGGCCGGCGCGGGCGGUGGUGGGCCGCACGGGACGCCGGCGAGGCUGGGGGCGAGCAUGGGCGGCGCGGGUGGGAGGGCGAGCCCGUUUGCGAGGAGGGCGUGA